UCCCUGUGUCUGCCCAGUCUGAGCUCCAUGCUGCCACAGCUUUUUAAGGCAGUCAUCUCCAACGCCGGCUCUCUGAAUGAAACCUACCACCUCACCUUAGGCCUGCUGGGUCAGCUGCUGCUCCGGAUCCCUCCGACGGAGGCCGACGCUGCUGUGACAGAAGCUCUGGCUGACAAGUACGAGUUGCUGAUACAAGGAGAGAUGUCCUGUUCAGACAUCCAGGGCUGGAAGACCAUACAGCUGCUUUUCAGCCUGGGCGCCGUCUGUUUAGACAGUCGCAUCGGCUUGGACUGGGCGUGCACGGUGGCAGACAUUUUGCACAGUCUCAACGCUUGCCCCGAGUGGUGCACAAUCAUCGCCGCCUUCACUGACCACUGCAUUCAGCAGCUGCCGCAGACUCUGAAGCGCACCAACCUUUUCACACUGCUGGUGCUCGUGGGCUUCGCCGAGGUGCUGUGCGUGGGCACCCAGACGGUGUUUAUCGACAACGCCAAUGAAAAGCACAACAUGAUCUUGCUGAAACACUUCACAGAGAAGAACCACGCUGCAGUGGUGGACGUUAGAACACGCAAGAGGAAAACAGUGAAGGACUACCAACUCAUCCAGUCUCAGGAUUCUUGCACAGUCGGUCUACCAGGGCAGCCAGAGGGCCAAGGCUGCCCAAAGACGCUGCUCAGUCGCUACCUGGGCAAUUUCACCUCCAUUAUUAGCCACCUGUUGCAGACAAGCCAGGACAACGGCUCUCCUGAUGCCGUGGAGGCUUCCUGGGUCCUGUCUUUGGCUCUUAAAGGCCUCUAUAACAUACUCAAGAAGCAUGGAGUGGAGCACGCACAUGAAGCCAUCCAGGAGUCAGGCCUGACCCAGCUGCUGGUGAGGAAGUGCAGUAAGGGGACCGGCUUCAGCAAGCUGUGGCUGCUGCGCGACCUGGAGAUUCUCUCCAUCAUGCUGUACUCCUCAAAGAGGGAGAUCCACUCCAUGGCCCAGGACCCGGAGCGAGAGCAACGAGAGCAGGACAAGGAGCACGACUCGGACCACUCCAGCUGCUGUGCUGACGACACGGAUGUCAAUAAGCCCGACCCGCUGGAGGGUCUCGAUGAGGAGACAAUUCUUCAGAGGGUGCUGAAGGGUUGCAGCCACAGCAUGCUCUGCAGUCUUUCUCUCACUGCUUGCCAGUUCAUGGAGGAGCCUGGCAUGGCAGUGCAGGUCAGAGAGUCCAAACACCCGUACGAUAACAACACCAACUUUGAGGACAAGGUGCACAUCCCUGGCGCCAUCUACCUGUCCGUAAAAUUCGAUUCGCGCUGCUACACAGAGGAAGGCUGCGACGAGCUCAUCAUGUCCAGCAGCAGCGAUUUUGUCCAAGAUGUUCACAACUUCAGUGGGUCUCCGCAGAAGUGGUCCGACUUUGAAAUCCCCGGUGAUACCCUGUACUACAGAUUCAUGUCAGACAUGAGCAACACAGAGUGGGGCUACAAGUUCACCGUGACGGGGGGGCACAGGGGCCGUUUUCAGACAGGUUUUGAGAUACUGAAGCAAAUGUUAGCUGAUGACCAGGUGCUCAGCCAACUGCCACUAGCCGACAUCUGGGAGUGGCAAGUGGGCGUGGCCUGUCGACAGACUGGAAACCAGCGACUGAGAGCCAUUCACCUGCUGCUGCGUCUGCUGCAGUGUCAGUCCCAGACGUAGGUCGAGCCUCCUCCUUUUUCUCUGUAAAUGCGUCCAUGACUGUCACACUCCCUCCUGGAUGCAGCAGCGCCGACUGCUCCUCUCAUCUUUAGCUCAGCAUUAUGUCCUGGUGCAGGAUUGCAGCUCCACGCAGCAUUUGCAUAGAAGCCUUCAUACAUGCUCUUGUAAUCAUGAUGGAAAUUAGGUAAAGUAUGCGUUUAGAAAUUUUCAUAUGUGCAAACUGACCCAGCAACCAUCAGGUCACGAUGA